AUGUACACAAACAGCUCAGGCGAGAGGGCGGUAAGCGCCUUGCUGGAGAUAUUGGAGCGAGAAGAGGACAUCCUGGAGGCAAAACGGAUACGGAAAGAAUCGUUAACACGACUGAUCAACUUGACAGUAAGGACCACAUAUUUUACAUCUAACGGCAGUAUCUACGAGCAAAUAUUUGGACUACCGAUGGGAUUUCCACUCUCACCUCUUUUGGCAAAUGUAUACAUGGACAAGUUGGAAAGGGAAUUCGAGAAGUCAGCACUGCAACCAAGCGUGUUCAUGUGA